AUGAGAAAAAGGAAAUAUCAAUCUUCAUCCUCUUCAUCCCCUAUUUUACUUGUACCAAAAGGAGGAUUUCCAGAUUUAACAUUACUCAAGAUCAUCAAUGACUUAGAAUAUAAUCAAGAUAUAGUAUGUCUUUUGAUGACAUGUAAAGCAUAUUAUAGAGAGUUUAUGAAACAAUAUGCAAAGGUUAUUACUUUUAAAGGUUAUGAACUCAACCAUUUUGAUAAUGAUGGUGUAGCAAAGUCAAUAAUUGGAUCGAAUAUGAAACCAUUUCAAGGGAUUUACAAUUCAUCAAUGGAAAUACUUGAAACCCAACACUGUGACGACCAAUAUACUGAAUCAUCGUUAUCCUUGAAAGAGAAAUCCACCAAAGAGUCCAUCUUGGAAGCUGUGCAAGAUCCUACCAAACUGACAUCUCUAGAAUUAGAAGAAUACAAAGGUCAUAUCAAAGAUUUAAGGCUACUUUGUUUCCAAGCCACAAUAACGCCCAUUUUCAUACCAGAAACUGUUAUCGAUUUGACUGCUGACGUUGACAACACUGACAAUGCCAUCUUCCCAAGCAAACUAGUUAAAUUCACAACUACCACCAGUUUCAAUUCCCCCUAUACAUACCCACCAACCUUGCGUAAAUUGGUUUACAAAAGAGGUGAUGAUCCUCCACCAGUAAUCUAUUUACCAACAUCACUUGAAAAAUUCUCAUGUCCAAUCACUAGAAUUGAUGAAUCUUCAUCAGUGUUUGUACUUCCAUCGACCAUGGUCAUCAACAAUGAUAAUAGUCCAUCAGUAAACAACCAACCAUAUUUAUUUCCCUCCCGUCUCAAGAAAUUGACUAUUACAAGGGAAUAUGAAACCUACAAGGAUGAUUUCAGUAUACGUAUCGACCAAAUCAUCAAUUGCUCAAAUGUAGAACAUCUAGUAUUUCAUCAUUCUGAAAAUCAUCAUGGAUACUUUAGAUUGGAUCUUUAUAUUAGAAGAUUAGAUAAUGGUGAUGUAAUGAUAAACUCUGGUGACUUAUUUUUUGGUGGAGGAUUAUCAAAUCUAACUCUACUCAAGAUCAUCAAUGACUUAGAAUACAAUCAAGAUAUAGUAUGUCUGUUGAUGACUUGUAAAGCAUAUUAUAGAGAGUUUAUGAAACAAUAUGCAAAGGUUAUUACUUUUAAGGGUAUCAAAGGUCAUGCAAGUCAUCAUCGAUCAUGGUCUAUUGACAAGUUUAUAAUCAGUUCACAAAUGAAACCUUUUAAAGAGAUUUACACUUCAUCAUCACUAGAAACAACAACAACAAAAGUACCACGCACUACAGUAACGAUCACUGGUUCAAUUACAAGAGAGUUGAUCAUCAAAGCUGUGGAAGAUUCUACCAAACUAAAAAAUAUAGAUUUGUAUGAAUUCACAGGUGACAUUAAAGACGUUCUAUUCCCAUCCAUCAUAACCAUGUCAAUUGAUAUCGAAUCGGUCCUUCCACGUUUUCCAACCAUCUCUCAAUGGAGCUGUUGUAAUCUUACGCAAUUAUCGAUUAGUUCAGGAGUAGUACUGCCAGCCGACCUCCAAUUCCCACCAUCACUGACAGAAUUACACAUCAAUUACAGUUGUAGUGAUACAUUUUCUAUUGAUUUGGAAAACUUGAUGUUUCUAAAUGACCUUAGUAUUUUCUCCUUCAGUGGUGCCACUCUAAUCCCAGUCACCAAUAUUCAUCUUCCCAAUCCCAACAAUUCGCUUGAACUCACCAUCCUCUACCUUUCAAUACCUCUCAACCCAACGACCAUGACACAGUCAUUCUUUCCACCAAACCUUCAAGAUCUCACCAUGGAUUUCCAAUUCUUUGGUAAUACCAAACCUCCACCAACAGUCACAAAGAUGGACAUGGAAACGAACAAGAGAAUCCCAAAAGACUUUUUUCCAAAAGGUCUUUUGGAUCUAUCGUUGGUUCUACUUGGUGGAAGCAGCCUGGAUCCGGGGGUGCUUCCCCAAGGACUCAAAAAACUAUAUAUGAAUGACCGGUGUUGUAAAAUAUUACCAGAGUAUAUACCAGACACUGUUGUAGAUCUGUGGGUCAACGUUGCCAACUCUCGAAAAGCCCUCUUUCCAAGUGGACUAGUCAAAUUUAAAACGUCAACCAAUUACAACUCUCCUUUCAACUAUCCACCGACAAUGCGUGAAAUGUCCUUUCGUAAAAGUCGUCAUCCACCACCAAUCAUCUAUUUACCAACAUCACUCGAUACCCUCUCUUGCUCAAUCUCUAGAAUCAAUGAUACAUUAGUAUUUGUAUUUCCAACAACCAAAGUAAUCAACAAUGAUAAUAGUUCACCAACCGAUAAUCCUCCUCAUUUUAUAUUACCAUAUCGACUCAAAAAGAUAGAAGUUGCAUUGGAUGAAGUCAAAGAUAAUUAUUCUUUCAAAAAUGAUUUCAGUUUUAGAAUAGACCAAAUUAUCAAUUGUUCAAAUGUCUAG